UGGCGAUGAUCGUGAGAUGGCCCAUUCUCUUGAGCAUCGCGAGAGCAUCGUGACUUGAAAUUGCCCUUCAGCCACUCUGGUGAUUGUUACAACGCCGUCGGUUCUCUCAUGUCCUUGCGACAUUCUGCUUGAGGAAUUUGGCCCGCAUCUGAACACACUUUGAACGGGAUUCGAGGAGGAGGAGGAGGAGGUUGAGGUUGGAGAGGAGCACCCUACGCGUGAGGGCUCUGCUUUAUGGCGUCUCGUCGAUGAGUGUGGACGAGCACAUGAUUGGAUGACACCUGCCUAUCUGCAACAGUGUAGGCUAUACCUACACAGAAGACAUGUUUGCCUUCUAGACAGCAUGUAAAAGAGGGUUCUUAGGGUCAGAGACGCAUAUUUUGGAUUUGGAGUCAGGGAUCCACAUUGCAGGAGAGUGAAUUGUCUUCCUGAAAACACUUCUGAAACAGAGAUAGCAUUUGUGAAAACUUGUAUCUCAAUGGGAGGAAGUGGCAACGCUUAUAGAUGGGCUCUUGCUGCCUUAGGAAACCAGACACGUCCUGCUCCUUUGCGACUCUUAAAAUCCACUCAACAAAGAGCCGGAAUCUGUUCAAUUCUUCCUCUUCUAAGGCGCGGCGAAGAUCACAACAUACUUGAUGCGACUUCCAAUAAAACCCUUUCAGUUUUACCUUUAAUUGGUUAUAGGCUUUCCUCCACCCACAACUUUUCGUCUUCGAGCACUCAAGGGGAAGAGAUUCCGAAAGCGAAAUACAUCAAGAAAAUUUUAAUUGCUAACAGAGGGGAGAUUGCCUGCCGCGUGAUCAAAACAGCAAAGAAGCUAGGGGUACGCACAGUGGCAGUUUAUAGUGAAGGCGAUAGACAUGCUAAGCAUGUGACCAUGGCGGAUGAAGCUGUUUUCAUAGGCCCCGCUCUUGCCUCAGCCAGUUAUUUGGAUGGCUCAAAAAUUUUGGCGACAGCUCUAGCGACUGGUGCAGAUGCAAUUCAUCCAGGUUAUGGAUUUCUGUCCGAAAGCUCGAAAUUCGCAGAGCUAUGCAAGCAGAAGGGGGUCAUUUUUAUCGGUCCACCUGCUGAUGCUAUUCGUGCUAUGGGUGAUAAGAGUGUCGCAAAGUCUUUGAUGAGUGCUGCAGGGGUUCCCGUUGUCCCUGGCUAUCACGGAGAAGAUCAGAACCCUGAGCUGCUACAGGCGGAGGCGAAUCGCAUUAGUUAUCCAGUGCUUAUCAAGGCUACCCAAGGCGGUGGUGGCAAGGGGAUGAGAAUUGUGCACAAUGAGGCAGAUUUUUUGGAAUCUUUAGCAAGCGCACAACGUGAAUCACAGGCUGCAUUUGGGGACAGCCGUGUCUUAAUUGAAAAAUAUAUCUCACGACCUCGGCAUAUUGAAGUACAGAUCUUUGCAGACAAACAUGGAAACGCGGUACAUUUGAAUGAGCGCGACUGUAGUGUACAAAGACGCCACCAGAAGAUCAUUGAAGAGGCUCCUGCGCCAAAUAUAACACCCGAAUUCCGACAAAGGAUCGGGCAGGCUGCUGUUGAUGCUGCUAAGGCAGUAGGUUAUGUGAGUGCAGGCACAGUGGAGUUUAUUGUAGACACGAUUUCAGGUGAUUUCUACUUCAUGGAGAUGAAUACUCGACUACAGGUGGAGCACCCUGUGACGGAAAUGGUAACCGGCCAAGAUCUUGUUGAAUGGCAAAUCCGUGUAGCCGACGGCGAGGCUCUCCCUCUUCAGCAAAGUGAAGUCAAGUUAAUGGGCCACUCAUUUGAAGCCCGCAUUUACGCUGAAAACGUCCCAAAAGGUUUCUUACCUGCUGCUGGACGUCUGCAGCACUACAGCCCUCCAUCGGCCUCUCCCACUGUUCGAGUGGAAACUGGGGUAGGAGAAGGGGACAACGUUAGCGUCUUCUAUGACCCCAUGAUUGCCAAGCUUGUCGUGUGGGGUCGCGACCGGUCUGCAGCUUUGACAAAGCUAAUCGAUUCCUUAACCAAAUUUCAGAUAGCCGGUUUGCCAACGAACAUCGGUUUCCUGAAGACUCUUGCAAGCCAUCAUGCGUUUGCAGCUGGAGAUGUUGACACUCACUUUAUUGAUCGUUUCAAGACAGAUUUACUUCCAGUGACACAGUCAGACAGCAUCCAUGAGCCCUCCUUGCCCAAAGCGACUCAAUAUGGUGCAGCCUUGGCAGCUGCAGCUUCUGUGAUCAAGUCUAGACAAGAGAGACCCGAUGGGCUUAAUUCAAUCUGGAGCUCUGGAUCUGGCUUUCGCUUAAACCAUCUAUACACACGCAUGCUGCAUCUUGACUGGAGACCGGAAAGUGGUGAUUCGACUCCUUUGCCUGUUAAUCUGAAACUCACUUACGAAAAACUUGGCAACAUCCUUGUAGAGGGAGACAAGGUAGGGAAAAUUGCUGUCACUGGCAAACAGCUGCCAGGUGAUGGAUCUAACUUGAGACUGAAUGUGGAAGAAAAAUCCGUUCCUGUGAGCCUUGCGCAAUUCUCUCAGGGGAACACAAGCCACAUCCACUUAUGGGAAGGAGACCAUCACCACCAUUUUAGUGUACCAGUCCCGGUACAUGACACUGAUGAGUCUCAGGAGCACAAAAAAUCGUCCCAUGGUCGACAUGAAAGGCAUCCAGCGCAAGGUCCUGGUGCAGUUAUUGCACCAAUGGCAGGUCGGGUUGUGAAGAUCUUCGCUGCUAAUGGAACAAGAGUAAAGAAAGGGGACUCCAUUCUUGUGCUUGAAGCUAUGAAGAUGGAGCAUGUUGUGAAAGCUCCAAUGGAGGGAGUUGUCAAAGGUGCCGAAUUAGAGAUUGGCCAGCAAGUUACUGACAGCACCGUUUUGUUUCAAAUUGAGGUACCAGUUGCAUAAUCCUCGAAUACACCAUCAAUGUUUACAGAGGAAUGUCAUUUAUCGCAACCAACGGGGUCCAAUUUAAUUGUAUAGAAAUAUGAAUUUUUCUGCUCCAUGUAAAUAAUUAGUUGUGAAUCUUAUAUGAAUGAAAAAGUUAUCUCUAUGUAACUGACAAGCAUUGGACCCAGAUGUCUCGCAAGCUCAAA